AUGCUUAAUAAGCAUAAGUUAUGAUUCAAAUUCAAAGUUUAUAAAAUGAAAGCUAAUCACCAAUUAUCUUUUCUGUUUUUUUACUCAUUGCUGUAUCAGAAAAUAUUAUUUGGAUUGGAAUGUUUUUGUAAUUCUGAUUGCCCUGUUGGAAGCCCAAAUGAAACUUGUUAUACAAGUUACAAAUGUUUUGCAGCAAUUGAAUAUCUAGAAGGUACAACAACCCAAGUAUAUCAAUAUGGUUGCACCCCUCCUGAAUUUGAAGGAGGUAUUUUUCAAUGCCGACAAAAGCAUAUUCCACAUCAAGUUCCUAUGGUAUUUAAAUGUUGUGAUGAUCAGCCAAGAUGCAACGAGAAUUUAACACUGGAGAUUCCUAUUGAAGAACAACAAAAAUAUGAAAAAAAUCUUAAAAGACGCAACAUGGUACAGAGUCAACAGGUUGGAUUGGUAGUUUCUGUCCUUCUUAUUCUUUUGGUUUUUUCCUUGUAUAGCACACAUUUUUACUUGAGCACAUUGGAAAAUCUGAAGAAACCAAAUAAUAGCAGCAAUGUUAAGUCUCCUGAUGAUAAAUCAGAAAAUUCAACUUGCAACUCUGGAUUCACUGGAUUCAACUCUGGAUUCACUGGAUUCAAAUCAAGAUUGGUUCAACGAUCUUUUGCUAAAGAUAUUUCAAUGGUAAAGGUAGUUGGUCGAGGUCGCUUUAGUGUUGUAUAUAUUGGGUUAUAUCAAGACCAAACUCUUGCAGUGAAAAUUGUUGACGAAUCCGAUGAAUACUCUUGGCAGAGAGAGCAACAUUUCUAUAAAAAUCAAAAUCUAGGCCACGAGAAUAUACUUGGUUUUAUUGGUGCCGAUAUUGUCGAAAGAGACACUGUUGAUCGGUUCCUAAUUACACAGUAUCACCCUUUUGGAUCACUUUAUAAUUUUUUGCAAAAUCAUUCAUUUGAUUUACCAAUUUUUUUUCACCUUUUAUAUUCGUCUGUUUGCGGUAUAUGUUAUCUCCACGACCCUAUAAGUGGCUUUCAUGGUAAACCAGCAAUAGCUCAUCGAGAUAUUUCUAGUAAAAAUAUUCUUGUUAAAGAUAACUUACAAUGUUGUAUUAGUGAUUUUGCACUUGCCGUUGAAGAAAAUCCUGGUGAAUUCGAUCUGGUUCCAUCAAAGGCAAAAAUUCCUAAUCCAAGAUACAUGGCACCUGAAGUUCUUGAGAAUCCUUCCAGUUGUAAUAAGUCAGUCUUUUUCUAUCAAAAAGCAGAUAUGUAUUCUUUCAGCUUAGUCAUGUGGGAAAUAUUACUGCGAUACGAGAUAAAAGGUGUUGCUGAGCCUUAUCGACUUCCGUUUGAAGAGUACGUUGGAUUUAAUCCUUCUAUAAAUCAAAUGAACGAUAUAGUCAAUGUUAAAAAACUUAAACCUGUGAUUGCCAAAAAAUAUAUUCUUGAUUCGAAAGUUCGAAGUAUAAUAAAAUCUAUGCAAAGGACAAUGCUACACUCAGCAUUGUCUCGAUCUUCGUCGCGUCGUUUAAAAAUAGAUCUUUAUAAAUGCAUGCAAGAAAUAGCAAAGUUAACCGAAAUUGGUGGUUCAAAUAAUAACUCAUAGUAACGUGUCUUUUUUUAAGAAAUUCGCUUUUGUAUAUAUGUAUAAAUGUAAAUAUAUUUUAAUAUGUUGUGUUUAA